AUGGGGACGGAAAGGAGUCGCACGGAGUAUGGUAGGAAGCCACAUUCUUCUAAGAAUCUGACAGAAAGUCAAAAAAGCAUCGCCCGAUGUUUGCAAGAACUCAUUAGCACUGGAGAGUUGAAGAUUGACAAGGCGGCCGCUGAAACGACUUCACUUUGCGAUGGUUUUAUCAGUGAAUGGGAGUCAACGGGUAUAAAGUCAGCCGCUGUACAACAACUAAUCGCACUUCUAAAUCGACCGCAUGUUCGGGGUGUGCUAAUUAGUGCCGAAGAUAUCUCAGCCAAUAAAUAUCUCCCAAGAUUGCCUUCCGUCCCAUUUGAAGUUGACGAAGACGAAGGGAUAGUUGUUAAAGUAGUUCAAAUCGUGAAACGAGACGAAACGCUUGGAGCAACUAUACGAAACGAUCACGGUAAAAUUUAUAUAGCUCGUCUCAUAGCUGGAGGUGUAGCGGCACGUAGUGCAUGUAUACAGGAAGGUGAUCGUAUUUUGGAAGUGAACGGUCUUAGCACUGCAGAUCUCACCGUAGACGAUAUUGCACGAAUUUUGAAUCGUGUGGACAAAGGCACAGUAACGCUAAAGUUGGUACCGGCUGAGAUGACUACACCGGUAGAGAAUGGCACAGGACAUGUGUAUCUGCGAGCUUUAUUCGACUAUAAAGGCAAAGAAGAUGAAAGGCAUCCAUGCCCUGAAGUAGCACUUUCCUUUACUCGCGGUGAUAUUUUGGAGCUGCAGACUUGUAAUGAUGAUCACUGGUGGCAAGCUCGACGCAUAGGAUUUGGUGCUUUCGCCAACAGCGAGGAUUUCAAAGGAUCUUCCCGGAUUGGCCUGAUUCCUUCGGAGACAUUGCAGCUAUCGAAAAGUACAUCAGAGAUCGAGCAAAGGCCUACAAAUGGCCGAGGAUCGAGUCGCUCGGGCGGCAGUCAUGAGACUGAGUACAUAUAUGAAUCCGUUUGCCGUCUUGCUCCUCGAGAUGGACUGCCACGCCUUGUAGUCUUGAUCGGGCCGCCAGGUGUUGGCAGGAAUGAGUUGAAGCGUCGGCUAAUUGCCCGAUUUCCGCAGCGAUUUACAACAACUGUUCCACACACGACAAGGGCUAAGAGGCCUGGCGAGGUGGAAGGAGUGGAUUACUAUUUUACCGAAAGAUCAGUUAUGGAGAAGAUGAUAUAUAGCGGACAGAUGCUCGAGUUCGGAGAGUUUCGAGGUAAUCUCUACGGAACUGCCAUAAGUUCUGUACGGGAUGCACAACGAGCUGGAACUCCUUUGAUUACUCCACAUCCUCUGGCCCUUGCACUGCUCAGAACACAGGAGUUCAUGCCAUUCAUCGUGUUCAUACAACCUCCCGACGCAGCCGCCUUCAAAAACACACGAGUAGUUACCUCAUCGCUUCCACGGCAGUCCAGUAAAACAGCUAUGACGAGGACAUUUUCGGAAGCAGAAAUCGAGCAAAUUAUCAAUGGCGGAACGACACUUUACAAGCAAUACGGUCAUAUAUUUGAUGCUAUCAUUAUCAACAACGAUCUCGAAGAGGGCACUGCACAACUAAUACGCCUCAUACAUGAUCUGGAAACGAAACCGACAUGGGUACCGCUUAGCUGGGCGACAAAUCUCGGUUCGGACUAAUCUCCCGUUAUUUACUCAUAUUUGCGCAUUUAUCCUCUAUUUCUUCUACUUAUUCGCCUAGAACUUGCUCCUUUAUGUUGCUCCAUUUUCUUAGUUUUCUGCUUUCUGUAUUUGUUAUCUUUUCACGCAGUCCACUUGCCAUUCAUUCGGGUUUAUAUUUUCUAUGCCAAAAUUUGUUUUGUUCGUAUGACUUAUGGUCAGCUGAAGGAAUAAUUAUAUUUGU